AUGUGGACGUCCGUGACCCAAGAGCAGAUCGACCAACUGGCGAAAGAAGCUUUCUUGCCGAUAGUGUUGCUCCUCAACUACACGCUACUGGUUUAUCUCGCAAUGUUCUACUGGAAACGACGCAGAGAGCGACGCGUCAUGUUACUUUUGUUUGUCGGGACUCUGGGCACCGUCGUGACGAUCCCCUUCGCGAGACCCGAACAAGGCUUCGUGGAGACAGUCAACGACAUCUCAGAGGCUUGCUGUGUUCUGACUUUCCUUUUACAAAUCACAAUUGUUGGGUACGACCUGAACAAAAAGUUCAAAAUGCGCUCCGUCAUGUACCUCACGACAGGCCAUCUCCAACGUUGCGGAAAAUGCAAAUUUGGCAUUCAUUUUCGUCUUUCGCUUCUAUUACAUUGGGAUAUCACGCGGGUGGAGGAGUAUCUGGAGAACGAGGAAGUUCGAAGUGGGCUGCUACGUGCUCUUCGCCACGCACGAAAUGCCGUUUGAUCUCUUGUCCACCGCUAGUGGACUUAAUUGGGAGUUCGCGCAAGCCAUCUGGCAUCGAUCAACGCUGACGGCUUGCCUGUUUAUCACGGCGCGGAGUAAGAUCAAGUCAACUGGGAACACGGCAACUCGCAUGAAUGCCAGUUCAGCCAACAGUGGCAGAGAGAAAUGGAACAAAGACACAGUGUUCAAAACUUCCCCAGGAAAUAUGCGCCGAACUUUGGACGGAAAAGUGUUGCCAAGCUUUGACUUAACUCGCAAGUCCGUUAGGUCAGGUCGGUCAAGUGGCCGACGUGAUUCAGGGAUACAGACUCUUACAGUCACGUCCGCGAAGCAGCUUAACGACAGCGGAACAUGAAUCAUUGUCCAAAAAAGGUAUCAAUAUUUGUAAUUAAAAAAACGUACUUUGUUAUGAUAAAGUUAAAAAAAAAA